AUGGAUGUUUCGCCAUCGAAAAACUUAUUUCAGACCGAGGGGCGAGGUCACGAUGUACAGGACGAUACUGACGACGACAAUGACCAGAAGGCAGAUACGGAUGAACCAAUCGAAGAGAUAUAUCAUUUGACACUCAACCAUUUCUACUCGAGCCGAUGCGUAUCUUUAUUACAACGAUCCAUGGGCACAUCGGUGGAUAAGCCGCUGAUUCAGUCGAAGGGUAGGAACCCAAGGCCGUUUGUCUUAAACUUCAACAGGCAAGACCAAGUUAAGGAAGCUGGUUCUCUGAGAAAUUACAUUAUCUUGGGUUGCCGACCAACUUAUCCCUUUACCCUCAUCACAUUUCUUCGUCAAGUCCAGUUCAAUCCAUUCGAUCCGUGGCAAUAUGACUUCCCGGAGCCACCGUAUCCAACAACCCCAGCGAGUAUACUUUAUUGGGAUUUAGAUAUCGAUACGCAACUUCUAAAACCACGGCUUCCAGUCGAGCCGCAGCAGCCAGCGGCUUCUACCCGGCCCGUCAUUGGCCUGGACCUCAUGCGUAUUCACAGCGCGUGGGAUAUAGAAAGGGACCAACUUGUUCAGGCGGUGGUCUGGUGCAAUUCGACCGGACUCGAAAACCGGAUUUUUGAAUUACGUUAUGGAGAUGAAAUUGGGAGCUUGGAGAUACUCAAAAACUUGGAGGCAUAUGUGUGCUUUUGCGGCUGUGGCCUAAGAGUUAAGGAAGAUGUGCAUGUCAAGGUUUUUUUGAAAAGCGGCAUGCUUUUUUGGUUCCCUUACCAAAAGAAGACGAUCGCAGAGGGUAUACCACACCUCCGCUACAUCCGCAACGAAUAUAAAAGCGGCAUGCCAUUUAUUUAUCUAGAUCUGUCCAUCAGAACAAAACAAGAAAUGGAGAGAUACAUGCAGGAUACAAAUGUUGAUAUUAGAGCAAUUGACCUGUGUGUUUUGGACCGCCAGCAAGCGGUCAGGUUUAAAAAUUCUAGGGACCAUGCAAGUUGGUACUCAACUUCGCACGUUUUGUUCCUGUUUGCUGAAUGGUCAACUAGGAAAAUUUUCCAGAUCAUCUAUCGAAUCAAUGGGAUGGACAUGGCCGUUGAAAUGAUCAAAGUUGCACGCUUGAAAGACGAGGAUAGGAAGCGGCUGGCUAUGAACCACACUCACAACUGCACCAAGACAUCCGCGGAUUUACCCGUUCGACAUUAUCCUAAAUGGAGCUGUUCGGACCAAAGCCUACCAACGAUGAUUCUUGAUGAGCUGGAUUUAGAGCUUAGGUUGGACUUUUUCCCCAACUGGCAUCAAGACACAGAAGCUCCAGAUGCUGGAAAUUUAAACGAAAUGAGUCAUCUAAUGCAAAGUUCGACUAUAUGA